UUAAACACCUGUCACGGCGCCGUAUGCACACCUGCAUUUUCCGGUAAGAUGGAAAACACUGUCUUGAAAUUUAGUCAUUGCGAUCGAAAUAUUUUUAGUUUUGUCUGCCAAAAUAAUUUACAUCAGAUGCCCACGCCUGAUGACAAUACGUUAAUAAGCGAACCUCCACGAUGUCCACUUUGUCUCUCCACAAUGAGAUUUGGCCUCCUCGAUGCACCUGUUCUUGUUCCAUGUCCAUUCAGCAACGGACACAAGGCUUCACGCGCUUUUGUCAUAGGCUCUCAACAAGGACCAAUGUUUAUUAGUGAAUGCAAUGACUCCGAACUGCAUGUUGGCAUUACAAACUCAAAAGGUGUGGUCUACAACUACACUUUGUCAGGUAUGCAGAGAGAUGACCAUGGGUGGGAGCAGUGCAUAUCUGUGCCACUAGUAGCACCUGGAGAGGAAAUCUUUGGAAGGCAGUGGGACAGCGAGCUCGAGACAUUCUCCUCACUUCCCGGGUGGUCCCCUCACAGGUUUCAUGAGGAGAGGGAGUUUGCCUCUUGCUGUUAUGGCUUUGUUUUGGCCUUCAUCAACCACAUGAGGCGGAUCGAGGGCAAAGACUGUGUGAGCAGAGAUGUCUUUACCGGGCAACAUGUCCUUCCUCACAUUAAGACUGUCUCUAAAUAUCUCAGAGUCUACCAAGAGAUUUCUUUGCAUGGCUUUUACAUUGCUGACAAAUGAGAUGCUUAAAUUGAGUGCAGUUAAUAUAACAGAUGUGAAAUUGUUUGUGUUUGCAACAAGGAAUUACACCAUAAAAACUUUUUAUGAGAGACAAUCUGUAAAAAGGAACAGCUUGUUGCCACUAUACCACUAUGUUUUUGUACAAGAGAAAAAAUAAUAAAAUCAAACAGACAAUC